AUGAGGUGUUUAGUGGUGUUGUUGUUGUUGGCGGGCUGUGCGAGCCUGUCGGCCGCCGCCGGUGUGCCCUGCGCCCUGUCCCUGGAGUUCUUCGGCAGGCACAACGUAACAGCUGAUGAUAACGAUGUACCAGGUCAAAUAUGCGGCGGGCAGUGUUGCGGCAGGGGGCGCGAGUUGCAGGUGCAGACCGCACUGCGACGCGCUGCCGAGGCCAGCACCACUGGGCCUAUACUGAGGACUGAGAACCUGCUGCUCAAUACAAAGCGAUCUUUACAAGAUCACCUCAUGGGAUUAUCGCAUCUGUCACAGAACAAGACAGCUACGCUGUUCACACAGCUGUACCGAGGUCACGCGACGCGGACGGUCCAGCCUCUGGCGAAUCUUUAUGACGACAUCAGAUUAAUUUUGCGAUCCGAAGGGGAUCUCUCAACUGAAGGUCUCAGUGCUGGACCACCGAAGGACUUAACCGUUACUACGAAGAAGUUCUUCAGAGACCUGUUCCCUGUGGCUUACCACAAUGUGCUCAAGCUGGACGUCAAGCAGUUCACGCCUGAUUACGAAAUAUGCCUUAAGGACGCAUAUGAUACAGUCCAGCCAUUCGGAGACGUGCCGCAGCAGCUUGGUACGUCGUUAUCUCGGUCGCUGGAGGCGGCUCGAGCGCUGCUGCAAAUGUUAGCAGUGGGGGCUGAUACGCUGUCGGCUACUGAGCGCGUGCUGGCCAGCGGUGCUGAUAAUUGCGCUGAAAGACUGCUGCGGACCGGCGGCUGCUCGCGCUGUCACGGUCAUGAAGCCAGGCCGUGCAGAAACUACUGCCUCAAUGUGGCCAGAGGGUGCAUCGGUUCUCUACUGUCGGAGCUGGACGGUCCCUGGGCAGGCUACGUGGAAGGCGUGGAGAGACUCACCAAGGUGGACGCAGACGUCGCCCUCAGGGAACUCGAGACGAAGGUCUCCAAAGCCAUCAUGUACGCGCUCGAGAAUAGGGCUGUCUCAGAAAAUAAGGUCCGUCAAGAAUGUGGUCCUCCAGCCACAAUGGAAAAGCCUGGUACAUCUUCAGCGUUACCCACAGCUGGUCCAAUCCGUCGUGACAACCUUCGAGCGCCACCACCAGACACUGAACUCCUGCAGUUUGCAGCUACUCUGGCAUCCACGAAGAAACUGUUCGCUGGACUCUCUGAUAGGAUUUGUGAUGAACCAGAUUUUGCUGCCGAUGAUAAUGAGAAGUGUUGGAAUGGGAACGCUGUUGCAGAUUACACAAAACCAGUGGUAGCGUCCGCCUCACUGAGUGACCAGAAAUAUAACCCGGAGAUCAGCGGCAGUCCGCCACAGGAUUCGAGAGUCGCCAGCUUAGGAGACAGACUGCAGCAAGCUAGACAGUUGCUAGUAUCAUAUUCGCGUACCAAGGAGCUCUCUGCGGAAGCCUUCAUGCAAGGAGACGAAGCAGGAGAGGAAGGGUCAGGAUCUGGUCGCAGCUAUCCUGAUGACUACGAUUCUGAAGGAUCGGGAGAUGACGGCUCCGGUGACCAUGACGGACAAAGUAGACCAGAUCUGCACGAAUCUCCUCCUGACUCUUCAACACCGAAGGUCUUCAACGGCGCAAGUCCUCGACACAGCGCGUCCCUACUAGUACCGCUACUGUGCGCACUGGUCGCAUCCAUCGCACGACUCACCUAGGCCUCGUCGCAGCGCACGUAAGAAUAACCAUAUCAUUUUGUGUGACGUCAUGAGUGAUCGUGUGUUUGACUGCCGCGCACGGAGCUCAGCCUCUCGUGCUGUCUCGCUCACACGUACGAGCGAGCCCGCUGUGCGAGUGCGAGGAACAUAGUGUAGUGACGCAAUAAAAGACACGUGAGUGAUGCGUAGUGCGAGCGUUCGUUGUAGCUAGUCCUGAACUACGGUAGUACCCGUCGCCAGAUUUCCGCGUAUUUACAAAGAUGUUUGAUAAGAUUUUAUAAUGAAAUCUCGUAACGAUGCACGCGACAUCUCGUUGCAUAUAAGGUAUUUUAACGUUUGUAAAUGUACAGUGCAUAUCCCAGUUAAUGUACAGUGCAUAUCGAUGUUGUCUUCAUUUUGUAAAUAUUUUUUUGAAGAUUCUUCUUAGACUUAGGUGAAAAUAUACAUUGUAAUGGAAGCUCUGCAUUUAAACAUUUCGACGUGAAAUUGUGAAGUUUAUUGUCAUAAUAAUUAAUAAAUUAUUUGAAAAAGUCUUUAAUCAUUGUUGAACACUAGCUGAUUGGCAAUAAUUUUAUUAAGAAAAUGUAUAACGAUUAGAAGCGAGUGAGAACUCUUUAAUAAGGAUUCUGUGUACAGAUUGUGUAAAUACCUGAAAUCCUACUGGUCUAGGUGCUUAGCUAGUAAAUAUAUUUCGUUGCCAUAUUAAUAUUACGGAUAUUAUUAUUUAUAAUAUUAAUUAAGUCAUAAUUUAAACUAAUAUUAUGUUAUGUGAUACUGAUUAGUUGAUAAGUUGGUGCACUCGAUGCACUGUAUUGUUUAUAUACGGUUUGUUCGAGCAUUAUAUAGCUGAUUAAGUAUUUAAAUCCAACAUCUAAAUGCAAAUUCAAAGUUCCAACAUAACAAAGUUUAAACGAUAUUAUUAUAAAUAGCUGUACGUUUGUUGUGUAUACAUUGUCUACUGCAGGCCUAAAUACCCGUGUUUAUUCUGUCUACAAAUAUAUAAUUUCUAUAUAAUACACAAGUAAAUGUAGGAUCAAACAAAAUGACAAGAUGAGAAAAUAUAAAAUAAAAAUAUAAGUUAUAUUGUAGCAAUAAAAUACGUUUGUAAAUUGCUUUAAAGAUUAGUGAAUAUAUAAAGUGUUGCGGUCAUGUAAUGACUGCGGUUUGUAUGUAUCGUAGAUAAUAUGGAGUGUUAUGUGAGGACCAUUUGGAAUGUACGGACAUGUCGCUACUCGCUACCGCCGUAAUACAGUAACCGGUCACAUAGCUAUAGGCAUUGCUGUUUAAUGACUUGCAAAACUUCUAACGUGAUUAAGAUUUGGACACAAAUUGUCAACUUUCUAAAAUACAAAUUUGGUUGG